AUGCGGCUCUGGGUGGAUCCCGAUUCUCUCCACGACGACGUCGCCGAUGCGCCGCCGACGUCGACGAUGCAUCGCCAGUGCGUCGCCGAUGCGUCGCCGAUGAGGCGCGAUCCUCCGUCCGACCCCACCUGCUCGGGCCCUGUCUGGGUGGCCUCUGCGCGCGGACGCUCGCCGAGCGGGGCAUCCGCGGAGGGGCGCCCCAGUUUUUCCGUGGGGCCGCGGCCCAGGGGCCCAGCCUGCGGGGCUGCGGGCGAGGUUUUUUUUGGGGGGAAGCACAUAAUGAUAAACAUUAAGGCCAACAAAUACGUGGAGAACGAGUACCAGGGGCUGGCCGAGGUGUUCAAGCGGCUGAAGAUGGAGUCCACCGCCACGGUCGACGACUGGAAGAAGCACGCUGGGGCCCUCUCCCAGGCCUGCGACAAGGUCAGGGACGACCUGAAGGAGCUCGGGAGCACCGCGAGCAAGGGGAAGUGUACGAAGGCCGAGGACGUUGCGCUUCCGCAGCUGUUCAAGCGUCGGAGCCACCAGAGGUCUAGGCCGAAGGACACCAUCGAGGGCUGUGCGGUCGUAGACGACCGGAAAGCCCUGACGCCGACCGACUGCAAUUGCGCUGCGGGCGAUGAGGCGAAGGGCUGCAAGGAUGCCGCCAACGACUCCGACCACGUGCUGCAGUGCGCGCACCUGCGCCGGCGGGACCUCGACACCACCCAAUCAUAA